CUUGCUCAGAAGUGGCAGCAACCAGACAGGGAGUGUGGUGUGGACGUGAGGAGCCUGGAGCUUAGAGAAGGCACCCUCGCUAGUGAAGAUGUGGAAGUCCGUAGUGGGGCAUGAUGUAUCUGUUUCCGUGGAGACGCAGGGUGAUGACUGGGACACAGACCCUGACUUCGUGAAUGACAUCUCUGAGAAGGAGCAACGGUGGGGAGCCAAGACCAUUGAAGGCUCUGGACACGCUGAGCAUAUCAACAUCCACCAGCUGAGGAGCAAAGUGUCAGAGGAACAUGACGUCCUCAAGAAGAAAGAGAUGGAAUCAGGGCCCAAAGCGUCCCAUGGCUAUGGAGGUCGGUUUGGAGUAGAAAGAGACCGAAUGGACAAGAGUGCGGUGGGCCACGAGUAUGUGGCUGAGGUGGAGAAACACUCUUCUCAGACUGAUGCUGCCAAAGGCUUUGGGGGCAAAUACGGAGUUGAGAGGGACAGGGCAGACAAGUCAGCAGUUGGCUUUGAUUAUAAAGGAGAAGUGGAGAAACACACAUCUCAGAAAGAUUACUCUCGUGGUUUUGGCGGCCGUUUCGGGGUGGAGAAGGAUAAGCGGGACAAGGCAGCUCUGGGCUAUGACUACAAGGGAGAGACGGAGAAACAUGAGUCUCAGCGCGAUUAUGCCAAGGGCUUUGGUGGCCAGUAUGGGAUCCAGAAGGACCGAGUGGAUAAGAGUGCUGUAGGUUUCAAUGAAAUGGAGGCCCCCACCACAGCUUAUAAGAAGACGACACCCAUAGAAGCCGCUUCCAGUGGUGCCCGUGGGCUGAAGGCAAAAUUUGAGUCCAUGGCUGAGGAGAAGAGAAAGCGGGAGGAAGAGGAGAAGGCACAGCAGAUGGCCAGGCAGCAGCAGGAGCGGAAGGCUGUGGUCCAGAUGAGUCGCGAGGCUCGGCAGCCAGAGGUGCCCGUGGAGGAGCCGGCAGCACCACCAACCCCAUUACCCAAGAAAAUCUCUUCGGAGGCCUGGCCUCCAGCAGCGAGUCCUCCACAGUCUGAGCCUGAGCCUGCGAGAGCCAGCAGGGAACGCCCAGCGCCUUCCCUCCCGGCAAGGCAGAAUCCCCCAGAGGACAACGAGGAGCCCCCAGCUCUGCCCCCUAGGACCCUAGAAGGCCUUGAGCUGGAAGAAGAGCCCGUGUAUGAAGAGGAGCCCGUGUAUGAAGCGGAGCCCGUGUAUGAAGCGGAGCCCGUGGCCGAGCCUGAGAACGACUACGAGGAUGUGGAGGAGGCGCCCACGCACGAGCAGGACGAGGCGGAGGGGGACUACGAGGAUGUUCUUGAGCCUGAGGAUGCCCCGCAUCCCCCGACCCCAGCUGGAGCAUCAGGCUGCCCGGCUGGGGCUGGGGCUGCGGGGAUCUCAGCCAUAGCCCUGUACGAUUACCAAGGAGAGGGAAGUGACGAACUCUCCUUCGACCCGGAUGACAUCAUCACUGACAUUGAGAUGGUGGAUGAGGGCUGGUGGCGGGGUCAUUGCCACGGCUACUUUGGACUCUUCCCUGCAAACUAUGUCAAGCUCCUCUAGUGACUGGCCCUUUCCGUCUCCUGCACAGUGCAGCUUCCCAUGUCCACUGUGGCUCUGCUCCAACCAUCCCUAUUCCUGCUGGAAGGGUCUAAUGGGAUGUCACAGGUAGCCUAAGGUUCUGCACAGUCCCCUCUUCCACUUCAUUCAGAGCUUGGGGCAGAGACAGUAGGAUGAAUGGGGUCUCCUGCACAUCAGUGUCUUCUCUACCCUGGAGGAGCUCAUAGACACUGCCUGUGGCACUGCCUCCUUCCCCAUGAGUGCCCCUCUAACAGCCUAUGUUCUGUUCUCCUCCACUGUGAGCUUGGGUUUUCCAGUUUGCUUAGCUGGAGUAGGUCUAGAGUGCCUGGUUGUGCUGUUUGCCCACUUUCCUUCCCUGCAGAGAUAUCUCUGGACCUCUGCUCAGUCCUAAAAUUGGAAAUAAAGUGGGACUAUGGUUCACCUUUA